AUGAGUGAGAGAGACAUACAAAGCCUGAGCAGAUGGGUUUUUGUGCUCACUCUCUGCCUUACCACGCUGUGGGGAAGACUGACACUGGCCUCCACCCACCACAGAAGCCAUUCAGCCUCCAUCGUGCUGCAGAAGUGGUGGUGCCAGAUGGAGCCCUGCCUCGACGGCGAGGAGUGCAAGGUGCUGCCUGACCUCUCGGGCUGGACCUGCAGUAGCGGCAACAAAGUGAAGACGACCAAGUUUACAAAUGUAAAUGUGUCUCCCCUGAUGCCUCUCUCACCUCCUGGGAACACGGAAUGA